AUGGCCAACCGUAGUGCACAAGAGCUCGCUGAAAACGUUUUAUCGCUCUACGAUGGCGUGGAUAAUAUUCAAGCUCAAUUUCGUGUGCUGUCAAAGUUUGUCAAGUCUAGCAAAGCGACGUUGGUGCGUGGCUCAAUGGCUGGUGUGUCGGUGCUUACCAUUGAUAGCUCUCAGGUUUUCCGUCUUAAGCCGUUUCCGAGCUUUAUGAAGGUUGUGCUGCGGGUAUUCUCGGUUCUGGAGCUUAAGAAUGGUCGCAUUGCGUCACACACGGACCACUAUGACUUCUACUCAGUACUAGCGAACGUUCCAUUUGUUUCUUUCUUUUACGCACAAUUUCGUCCAAUGUUUGGCUCUGUCAGCUCUGCUGUUAUCAAGCGUCUUGUACCACCACAGGCGAAGCCAGCGAUUUUGGCUCAUAAGGUUGAAUCGGACAGCAAUGGUGUUGCUACAGCAGCAGCAACCUAA